AUGAGCACAGAUGUUGCCACAGCGUCCCUGUGGGGCUGUGGAUUCGGCUACCCAGUUGAGGUCCUCGUACAUGGCAAGACAGCACAAGAUGUCGUGAAUGGCACCGCCUCCCAGAAAACACUGGACUCUGCUUCAGCACGGCGUAGGCCAGCUGGCGCAGUUGGCCAGGUAGCUUCGAAGAAGUGUUCGCCGCCUUCAGAGCCCGGUUGCACCAGGGCAAGCUGCGAGCAGGUGCCCAAAAGGUUCAAAGCGCUGGUACUGGCCUUUCACAUGGAAGAGAGCGAGGCUGUGAAAGAGAUUCUGCUGGCCGGUGAUGCAAAUCGUUUGGUGGCAGAGCUGACUUUCGCAGCUUGGAUGGCCACAGCUGUCGCGUUUCAGGCUUCAGAGCUUUGCUUCGAUACCGCGACGUCGCCCGAAGUUCUCAACUCACGCAAGGUACGCAUCAACGACCUUGCGGCGCCACCAGACAAGAUCGUCUUGCUCUACCUGGAGCCCGUCGUCGCCUUGACGAUCGGCUUCCAAAGUUCAGAUGACUAUCAAGACUGGCCAGGUUGGUUUUGGUUCGAGGUGGGCUUUGCCUUGGUUCUGAUCCUGGAGUGCUGCCUGCGGAAUUUUGUAGGUGGCUGCAGAAACUAUUUCUGCGGCGUGGAGAGGGUAUGGAACUGGUGUGACAUCGGCUUCAUCGGCACCGCCUUGACAGAUCUACUGUUGGAGCUCCUCCGAGUAGACUCCGGGGCAAUGUUCUUCACGACUCUGCUCCGCUUUGUGCGGCUGGUGCGGCUGACGCGGAUAGUUAAGGUCUUCCGUCUCCACUGGAUGAAAGAGCUCCGCUUGAUGCUCAAAGGACUCGUUGGCAGCAUGCAAACGUUGCUGAUGGCGUUCGUCCUGCUGUUCGUGGUGUUAUAUGUCCUUGCCGGGCUGGCGACAUAUACACUGGGCCGUGAUGAUAUUCUCGAAUCGAAAGACUACGAGCUGCAUGCCCUCUUCGAGAACUUGCCCGUGCAACCUGGCUACGAGGGUCGCAUCCUAUUGUGUGCCCUGAUCCCUGUGCUCCUCUCCGCCCUGCGACAGGCACAAGAAGGUGAGCAUGCAAACACGGUGUUGCAGGCACACGAAUCUGGCCAUGAGUCCAAGUGGACUCAGUGUUGCGUCACGAAGAAUACUGGGAGCCUCAAAAUCCAAAGCCGCGCUUUCCGUCAAGAGGCAGAGAGGAUCCUUCAAGACAUAACCUACACCGGUGCAUAUGGACCGUCUGAUGCCUUCCACACGGGCCGUUAUGUGAAGCAUUGCAGGCUUGCCCUGCAGCUUGAGAGUUGUCCGGGAGUGCACAAGACCUUGUUCGACCUCUACGAAUACGCUGACGCCGGAGAGCUGAUCACGAGGAUCGAAACCUUCGUCGCCAAAUACACUUUCCAGUCCGAGUCGUAUGUUUGGAGUGCGCCAGAUUGUCCUUACAGGAUGGAGUCAGCCACAGAUGCUGGCCGAUGCAACAGUGAUCUGGGGCAUUUUAUGAAGCUCUUGGAUCUUUGGAGGGAAGGACUUCGCCUGGUGGAGCAAGUGAACCUUUACAAGGGCUGGCGUGGCUACUUUAAAGACAAGAAGACCAAGGCGCUUGCAAAGAAGCAGCUCGACAACGUCUUAGCAAAGCUGGAGACACUGUGGUCGAUGUUCACGGCAUUCCGGUGCUUCACUGGGCAGUGCGAGACAAUCGAAGGUGCGCCCUUGGCGGCCGUUCUGGGGAAGGAGCUCUUUGGCUCAGCAG